UAUUUUCCCAUGGAAGUACUGGGAGGGGGGAGUCCUGAAAGAGCUGGGCAUACAGAGACUUCUGUUGACCUCGCUGUGUUAUCUGGAUUGGAACCUGUGGCAGAUCUUUGUGAGGUACCGCCGAAAAAAAAAGAUAAAUUAGCUGAACACAUUGCUGCUGCCAGAUUACCAACAAUGUGGGGUCAUUCACAGCCCAUUGCUAUAGAUCGUUGGUAGACGGAAUUGAGCACAUUGCAAUGGUCAUGGGUGACAUUGGAGAUGGUCAAGAUGUCCUUGUGAGGGUGCACUCGGAAUGCCUCACAGGAGACAUUUUUGGAUCUGCUAGAUGCGACUGUGGCAACCAGCUUGCACUCGCGAUGCAGAAGAUAGAAGCGGCUGGUAGGGGCGUGGUGGCGUACCUCCGAGGGCAUGAAGGAAGAGGCAUAGGUUUGGGGCACAAACUACGUGCCUAUAACCUGCAGGACGAUGGGCGUGACACUGUGGAAGCAAAUGUGGAGCUUGGAUUGCCCGUUGACUCUAGAGAGUACGGAUUGAUGUUGCAUGACUUGGGAGUCAGGACAAUGAAGCUGAUGACGAACAACCCGUCAAAGUUUGUGGGGCUUCAAGGUUAUGGCUUGACUAUUUCUGGGAGAGUCCCUCUGGUAACUCCAAUAACAGAGGAGAACAAGAGAUACCUGGAGACGAAACGCUCCAAGAUGGGGCACAUCUAUGGUUCGGAAGUCAAAGCCCGCUUCAGCAAUCUCAUAGAAAAAAGCAAGCCGAGCAGUGAUGUUUCUUCUGAUCUGGCUGUGUCUGACUAA